AUGGCUCAGCCCAAUCCUUACCUCUUGGCCUGCGACAACCCGUCAGCACUGCUCGAACUCUUGCGCUCCAAUCCCGCGAUCGCUUCUUCCCAGGACGAACAUGGCUACUCCCUCCUCCACGCUGCCUCAUCCUACGGCCACGUCGAUCUCCUGCGUGCGCUAGUGAAGGAAUUCAAUGUCAAUGUCAACCUCCUCGAUGAAGACGGCGAGACCUGCCUGUUCGUGGCCGAGACUACUAAGGUGGCCCGAUGCCUGGUUGAGGAACUCGGCGCGGAUUAUAACAAGACCAACGAUGAUGGCUACAAGGCCCACGAGAAGAUGGAGGCCGACGAUGAAUUCCCCCAGGUUGUCGCCUACCUUCGCGGAGUUGCCGGUGCUCCUGCUGCAUCCUCUGCAGAGGGUUCAGAGGGACCAUUGAAUGCCCCGCCACCUGUUCCGAGCAACAUGCAGGUGAAUAUUGGCACCAUGUCGGAACAAGAAGCCACUGCUGGUGAAAUGGAGGUGGAUCCCGAGUUCAAACGCCGGAUUGAUGAGUUGGCAGCUCGUGAGGAUUUCAACAGCGCUGCCACCCAGGAGGAAUUGCGGGCUUUGGUGAUGGAUGCCCUCUCCGGUUCUAGUGUUGAGACUGCGGAUCGUGAGACCCGGAGGAGGACGGAGUAA